AGGACCUGGGCACGCAGGAGGGCUGCAGGCGACGCCGCCGGGGCCGAGAUUCCCGCUCCACAAGCUGCCGGGAUUCAGCCACCUCCCUCUGGCCCUUUCCCGGCUGGGCAGCCCCGGGACGCCUCGCACAGCCCUCCCCGGACGAGGGGACCCGGUGUGCCAUCGCGCCCCGGCCAUGCCCCGCGCCGGGCGCUUCCCACCCCGCAGCCCCCACUGAGCGGGAAGGAGCCUGAGCCUCCUCCAGGUCGGGUGACUCUGGUCUCCGCCACCCGCCAUGGAUUGGAAAACGCUGCAGGCGCUGCUCAGCGGGGUCAACAAGUACUCCACAGCCUUCGGCCGCAUCUGGCUCUCCGUGGUCUUCGUCUUCCGCGUGCUGGUCUACGUGGUGGCAGCCGAGCGCGUGUGGGGAGACGAGCAGAAGGACUUUGACUGCAACACGCGGCAGCCGGGCUGCACCAACGUCUGCUACGACCACUUCUUCCCCAUCUCCCACAUCCGCCUCUGGGCCCUGCAGCUCAUCUUUGUCACUUGUCCUUCCCUCCUGGUCAUCAUGCAUGUGGCCUACCGGGAGGACCGUGAGAAGAAGAACCGGGAGAAGAACGGGGAGAAUUGCCCCAAGCUCUACAGCGACACGGGCAAGAAGCACGGCGGGCUGUGGUGGACCUACCUGCUCAGCCUCUUCUUCAAGCUUAUCAUAGAGAUCCUGUUCCUCUACCUCCUCCACAAGAUGUGGGACAGCUUUGACUUGCCUCGGCUGGUCAAGUGCUCCAACGUGGACCCCUGCCCCAACACUGUGGACUGCUACAUCGCUCGGCCAACCGAGAAGAGAGUCUUCACCUAUUUCAUGGUCGGAGCCUCCUCCAUCUGCAUCGUCCUCACCGUCUGUGAGAUCUUCUACCUCAUCUUCAAGCGGGUUGUCCGGAGUACACGGAGGUGGAAGAAGUCCCUCAAGCGCUCCAUCAGCUACAGCAAGACCUCCACCUGCCACUGCCACCUCAAGACAGAGGAGAAGGACAAGUCCCAGACGAGAGGAGAGGAGCUGUGAGCUCGCCCGUCCCAGCUGGCUCGCCUUCCCCUCGGCCCAGCAGCUUUUCAAGCCUGCCAAGUCCCUGAACCCUCAAGAGUCGACACGUGUGAAAAAUGACUAAACCCAACAAACUAAAGUCCCCCGAGAGAGGCCCACGGGUGCCCGAGCAGGCGCAGGUAAGGCGAGGGCAGCCCUGGAGCUCUGCUGGAUGCGCACAGCGGUGCCGCGGGGCUCGGCCAUCACACCGACACAGACACCGUGCACGAGCGGCCGCGCUGCCCAGCCUGGCAGCGAGCCCAGCCGAGGACUGCAGGGACAGAGCCAUCGAGCUGGGAGGGCUCACGGGACUGGCGGGAGGGAGCGUGGGGGGGUCCCGUGUCCCAGCAACUUCUCUUGGGUCCCUCCAGCCCUGCAGCUCCCGUGCUGGGUGUGAAUCCACCGGUCGGUGCCCAGUCAGGGCUGGUGUCACCCAGCAGUGACAGUGCUCCUGGCUCGCUGCGCCUCGCACGGGCACAGCCCCAAGCACUGGUUCCUCCUCCUUCCUUCCGUACCAAGAAACCAAAGAAACGCUGGGCUCGGUGCCAUGGCCAGGGCCCUCUUCAUGCACCCAAAGCACUCACGGAGGAGCGGGGCUCCCGGCAGUCACCAAGUGCUCAGUUUGCCAGUACUGGGGCAGGAGCAGAUUUUCCCCCUUUGCUCACGCACACGCCGUGCCGGUGUCCUGCCCAAGUGCCCUUUCCAUCUCUGCUGCCUCCCCCGGUGCCUCUGCCUCCCCUCGCCUCGGUCCGACCUGGCACUCACGGCAUGAGCUGCGGAUCCAAAGGGCCGAUAAAUGCCGUGUCGUUUGUAGACUCUGGGAUCUGCUCCGCACGCUGUAAAUCGGGACGGGGGGGGGGACUGGUGAGGGCAGAAGAAAUGGAUUCGCAGAGGUUCCCCAGGAGCCCGUGGCUGAGCCCUCCUCGCUCCCGCCCGAGCCGGGGCAGCGCGGGUUGAGCCCCAGGGCCGCUGUGCCCAGCGCCCGCCCGCUCUGCCUCCUCCCGGCUUGUCACGCGUCAUUAAACUUUAAUUCAUCAGAACUGCACGCUGGCCCCCAAGGAAAUCAAGGAGGGAUCAGCAUCAAUUAUUUACUAAAUCUUGAUAAAUAUUACAA